GCUGCAUCCAGAUUGAACCGGGUAACCACUGAACAUUUCUGAAUGGUUCAGGCUCUGGAUUAUGUAUAUCUGCUGGUAACAUACCGGUUGCCAAUGCCUAAUAAAUUGGCAUAUUAAAAAAGCUCUUCCACUCUCGCCGCCGCUGCCCCCGCCGCCGCCACCGCCGCCGCAGAGAUCUGCCUCCGUCUCUAUCCACCUCCUUUCCCUCCAUGACCGCAUGAGAUGUUUGGCGGCGGCACGCUCCCUCCUCCUCCCCCUCCACCUCCCCCCCGGCGUGCCCAUCCACACCGCCGCCACCGCGCCCCCACCCCUCGCCGCCGAGCUCGACGCCGCCGACGCCCUCCACGCGCUUCUCGCCACUCUCCCGCCCUCGCUUCCGGCCCUCCUCCCCUGCCUAUCCCUCCUCUCGCGGCGCCUCACCCCGCACUCCGUCGCCGACGCCCUCCUCUGCGCCGGCCUCCCCGCCGCUUCCCGCCUCCGCCUCUUCCUCUUCUCCGCCCUCUCCCCGCACCUCCGCUCUCCUCUCCUGCACUCCCGUGCUGUCGUUCCGCUCCUCCUCUCCACCGACGGCGACGCCGCCAUGUUCGACGCCAUCGACGACGCCCGCGCCGCCGGCCUCCGCGCCCCCUCCGCCGCCUUCGAGGCGCUCGUAUUCGCCCAUGCCUCCGCCGGCCGACACGAAGAGGCCGUGCAGGCGUUCGCCCGGAUGGACGAGUUCGGCUGCCGCCCCACCACCUUCGUCUACAACGCCGUGCUCAAGGCCCUCGUCGACAGCGCCGUCAUCCCCCUCGCCCUGGCGCUCUAUAACAGGAUGGUGGCCGCAGGAUGCCCGCCCAACAGGGCCACGUACAAUGUGCUCAUGGACGGUCUCUGCAAGCGGGGCAUGGCGGGGGACGCGCUCAAGCUGUUCGACGAAAUGCUUGAGAGGGGGAUAGUGCCAAACGUGAAGACCCACACCGUCCUACUAUCAUCCUUGUGUAAUGCAGGGAAGCUCAAGGACGCUGAGAAGCUGCUGCUGUCGAUGAAUGAGAAGGGGUGCCCUCCUGAUGAGGUCACGUACAAUUCUCUCUUAAGCGGGCUGUGCAAAGCUGGCAGGGUUGAUGAGGCAUUUGAGCGCCUGGAGCUGCUCCGCAGUGGGGGCUUUGCACUUGGGUUGAAGGGGUAUAGCUGCUUGAUUGAUGGUUUGUUCCAGGCCGGCCGGUACAACGACGGAUUUGAGUGUUACAAGGAGAUGUUGAUGCGGAGUGAUGUCUCACCAGAUAUUGUCUUGUACACAAUAAUGAUCCGUGGUUGCUCUGAGGCGGGCAGAACCGAGGAUGCUGUCUCAUUCCUAGAUGAGAUGAAGGAAAAAGGGUUUGUGCCUGACACCUUCUGUUACAACACGCUUCUCAAGACCCUCUGUGAUGCCGGUAAUCUGGAUGGAGCUCGCUCGUUGUGGUCAGAAAUGUUGCAGAAUAACAUGGUCCUGGACUCCACAACACAUACUAUUAUGAUAUGUGGACUGUGCAAGAAAGGACUUCUAGAUGAGGCGAUGCAGGUUUUUAAUGAGAUGGAAAAAGUUGAUUGCCACCCGACGGUUAUGACAUACAACGUACUCAUUCAUGGACUCUACAGGGUGCGGAGGCUUGAGGAAGCUCGGAUGCUUUUUUAUAAGAUGGAGAUGGGGAAUAACCCUUCGUUGUUCCUUCGGCUGACACUCGGUGCAAACCAGGUGAGGGAUAGCGAGAGCCUGCAGAAGCUGGUUAACACUAUGUGCCAAUCCGGGCAGGUGCUGAAAGCUUACAAGCUUCUUCGAGGUAUAAUAGACAGUGGUGUAGUUCCCGAUGUUGUCACGUAUAACACAUUGAUAAAGGGACUGUGUAAAGUGAGGAAUCUUGAUGGAGCACUAAGGCUCUUCAAAGAGCUCGAGCUCAAGGGAUUAUCUCCUGAUGAUAUCACUUAUGGGACUCUUAUUGAUAGGCUCUUGAGGGCGCACAGAGAAAAUGAUGCUAGGAUGCUGUUUCAGAACAUAUUGCAGAGUGGCGGCACCCCUAGUUUGUCAAUAUACAAUAGUAUGAUGAGAUCGCUAUGUAGGAUGAAGAAAUUGUCGCAAGCAAUCAGCCUCUGGUUGGAUCACCUGCCCAAAAAGUACAAUCUCUCAGCCGAAGAUGAAGUACUUGCUGAUGCCCGGAAAAAAAUUGAAGAUGAUUCCCUGGAUGAAGCAGUCAGGGAGUUAAUCAAGAUAGAUCAAAAGUAUGGUUCGUUAAACUCAACUCCUUACACCAUUUGGCUUAUAGGACUUUGUCAGGCAAGGAGGAUAGGUGAUGCCCUCAAGAUUUUUCAUACUCUUGAGGAGUUUGGCAUUGCUGUCACACCAGCUUGCUGUGCCUUUCUUACCAAAUACCUAUGUUGGGAAAGAAAUCUAAAUGCAGCAGUUGAUGUUAUGCUGUAUACAUUGAGUAAACGCUUCAUUAUGUCACGGCACGUAGGCAACCGAUUACUGAGGAAUCUUUGUAUCCAUCAUAGAAGGCAGGACGCGCAGGCACUUGCAUGGCGAAUGCAUCUUGUAGGAUAUGAUAUGGAUGCAUAUCUUCGUGAGCCUACAAAAGGUUUGUUACACAGUCAAUAGAAAUGCCUGUAGUGUUGUAGGACUACAGAACUGUCCUCAAGAGGGAUGCUGAUGUUUUGGUUUGUACCAAUUUGUUUUAGGUAAAACAGCAAAAUGUGAUUCACUGAUUUCUUAGCCCUUGCAAUGAAUUUUGUAACCCAUCAAUUGAGUUGUAACUUCAAUAAUGAGGCAUAUUUUUUAUA